AUGAACAACAUGUACAUGAGACGUGCUGGCAUUGGAGCCAGGGGAUUGCGCAGUACACUGUCUAUCGACCGGAAGGUGGCUCUGACCCACAGAGCGCCUCGCCCGCCGAACGCAACUCCCGUCAAUCAAAAGUCUCAGUGGUGGAAGGAUGCGGUGGUCUACCAAAUUUAUGUUCCCAGCUUCAAGGACACCAACGGCGAUGGGUACGGCGAUUUGCGAGGGAUAAUCGAAAAACUGGAAUACAAAGUUGAUCUCGGCGUUGACGUUAUCUGGUUGUCCCCCAUCUUUGAUUCUCCUUUAUAUGAUAUGGGGUAUGAUAUUUCCGACUAUUACAAAAUCAAUCCCAUGUUUGGCGACAUGGAGGAUUUCAACAACUUGCUUAAACAGGCGCACGGAAGAGGUUUGCGAGUUAUUUUGGACAUUGCCCUGAACCAUACCUCUAGCAAACACGCCUGGUUCAAAAAGUCGAUCGCUGCUGAAAAGGGUGAGGCCAACGGUUUCAAAGACUUCUACAUCUGGGGCAACCCUAUCGUCGACGAGAGCGGAAACAAGCGACCACCAAGCAAUUGGGAGAGCGUCUUCGAGGGCUGCAUGUGGGAAUGGGUACCUGAGAUACGCAAAUACUAUCUGCACGUGUUCGGCAGGGAGCAGCCGGAUCUCAAUUGGUAUAACGCUGACGUCCGGAGAGAAUUAUGGAAGGUACUUCGGUUCUGGUUGGACAAAGGAGUUGACGGCUUUCGGUUAGACGCAAUCAACUGCAUGUCCAAAGUGCAUAACGAAGACCUGUGUGCCGCGCGGCCUGGCCAGCCAACUGUUUCUGGGUGGCCUGAUGCCCCGACUUCUACACCAGGCAGGUUUGAGCAGAAGACAAACGAGAUGUUCGCCAAUGGGCCUAGAGUCCACAAGUAUCUACAAGAGAUGCAGCAAGAAGUCUUUGCUCACUAUGAUGCGCUGUCUCUUGGUGAGAUGUCGUGCGGCAUCACGCCAGAGCUUGGGCGAGAUUUCAUCUCGCAUGAAGCAAAAGAGCUCGACUUAAUCUUGCAUUUUGAGCAUGUCGAGCUUGACUGUGUCAACGGAGACAAAUGGACGCUGAGAGACUGGAAAUUGCCAGAACUCAAGGCUGCCGUGAGCAAAUGGCAGACGUGCAUGGCCGAGGCUGGUGGCUGGGACACCUUGUGGUUCGAGAACCACGACCAACCACGGGGGCUAAACCGAUUUUGCAAGGUGGGACAAAUGAGAAUGGAGCACGCUGCCAAACUCCUCGCCAUGUGGCUUUUCACCUUACGAGGAACAAUCAUUAUCUAUCAAGGACAGGAGCUGGGAUUGACAAACCCUGAGGAGUUUUCCGAAGAGACAAUACGAGACAUUGAAACCCGCAUCUAUUGGAACGCAGCUCACGCGGCUCUCGCGCAGGGAGACGAUACCCAUAAACUGGAGAUGGUGAAGAAGGCAAUCAUGACCAAGGGCAGGGAUGCUGCUCGCACCCCCAUGGUGUGGGAUAGCAACCGUAAGACCUCUGGAGGCUUCACUGAUCACAAUGCCAAGCCAUGGCUCCCUGCACACCCGAACUUCACUACGUUCUGCGCCGAAGCCCAACGUCGAAAUCCGGCGUCGGUUUGGAGGUUUUAUCACGACAUGAUACGUUUCCGUCAGCAGCAUCCAGGGCUCACAUUGGCCUGGCAGAUCUAUGGCGUGUACCAGCUUGUCGAUGAACAUCAUUCGUCUGUAUUUGCUUAUACGCGCACGCACGGCAGAGACAUUUAUUUGGUCGUGCUCAAUUUCGGCCACGACGACCACGCCACCCAGACGACUGCUGGAAAUGGCAAGAUCAGGGGUGCUAAAGCUCUACAGGUAGCAGGAGAUGUCGACGGUAAAGCCACCACUGUGAAGAAGAUUUCGUCUGUAGAGGAGGGGCAUAUAUGA